AUGGUCAUCGGUGGUGCAGAGAAUCCGUAUGUGACAGAACAUCGACGAAUACAUCCAUUGCUAUCAAUGAAUGUGCCGAUUUAUUGGUCUGUCAAUGAACUGUUCCACGUCUGUGCGCAAGAUGUUCAUCUUUUGCCUUCAGCAGGACAAAGUGGAGUCGGAAUUACAGCAGUUGCGGAAUUGUUGGCAAAACGAAUAGCCAUUGUUACCGCAUCUACAAAAGGUGUUGGGUUUGCCAUCGCAAAAUGUUUAGGCCUUAAUGGGGCAUCGGUUGUUAUUAGUAGCAAAAAUAAACGUAAUGUUGAAGAUGCCGUCAAGCAGCUUCGAAGCGAAGGAAUAUACGCCGAUGGAACAGUUGCCCAAACUGAGGUUGCUGAAGACCGAAGACACUUAAUACAGUUUGCUGUGCAAAGGUAUGGAGAACUGGAUGUUUUAGUAUCAACUCCAGUUGUGAAAUCGAACUUUACAAACCUUUUAAGCAUAACAGUUGAGGAAUGGGACCAGAUGUUAAAUAAUAAUGCUUUAGUAGAUCUAAAGUGUGCGGUUAACCGGUUUCUCAACAUUACCUGGGGUCGAAACGAAACUGUUGGUGAGUGUGCGAGUGCUGCAACAUUCUUCGUUAACACUUCAUUUCCUUUUGUCGUCUAA